GUUUUUCCUAACAACACGUAGCUUUGAUUAACGUAAACAAAUAUGAGUGUCAUUUUUUACCGUGUCACGUGCUGCGCGUCAUUCCUGGAUGUCCUCUCGGCCUGAGGCACGUUUGGCCAAGUUCCAGCAGCGGCCUGAAUGAAGGUGUGGAAACUUAGCAACGUCACUGCAUGCAAAAUGUGGCUCCAGCGGAGAGAAGGCGAGAUGCAGCUCACUGACAGGCACACAGCUUUCUGUCACUCAGAACCAACAGGUGGACGGCUCGGCACAUGUGGGUCUCAUGGAGUAGACUCACCCACGACGCUUCAACUGGACACAAGGAUGGACGCGACAGAGGAGAACAACAUGGAGGACAUGAAGAUGGAUAUACAGACUAACCAAACUAUAGAUAAAGACUUUUUAGCCACGUCAGAUGAUGCAAACCAACACCUGAGCAUCGGUGACGGUCCUUCUAGCAGCUGCAGAAAAGUCUGGGUGAGAUCCAGGCCCAAACUGCAGUCUACUAAAAGCUUCCCCCCGUACAGUCAGUGCAUAGGUGGACUUGGAGACAACAGAGAGCUGGACUGUGAGAUCAACUGUGAAUCGAACUUUUACCAGCUGCCUUUCAGACACGAGACAGUGAGGAGCGACGGACAUGCUGACAUUCCACGCACAGAGAGGAAUGAUGUAGUUCUGACUCCAAGAUGCACAAGAGAGGAGGUGAAGUUCAAAUGGAGAAUGAUGAGGCUGGGGGGCAGCUACGAAGUGGACCCGGACGGGUGGGAGAGAGGACGGUGGAGUGGGAAAAGACGAGUGGGGGAAACUGGACAGGAGCCGUGUGAGCGUGACGAUAAGACAGGGGAAGAGGGCACAAACAGCGAGUGGAAACACUGCAGGAGCAAAAACACAAGUCUGGAGACCGCGAGGAGAGAGACGGGCGACGAGCAGAGGAGCGGAUCUGUCUCUGCAACAGAGGGAGUGCGCGUCGGGAGCGAGGAGGCCGCCGCGGCUAAAGACGAAGAGGCUGCGGGGCUCACGAGCGGGAGGAGAGGCUCCACGGCACAUGGGCAGCCCUCCCCGCAUCCUAUCCUCUCCAAGCUCUUGCACUCCUCAUCCUCCACCUCCUCCAGCAACCUGUCCUCACCAGACAGCGAUGAGGUCUUCAGCGAAGAAGAGGACGCCAGCAAGAAGAGGAAGACCUUCAGAAAGAGUCGCUCUUGGAAACCCUACCUGACCAUGGUGCACUGGUCACUGCGGCGCCAGAGCUCCUGGGUCCAGCUGGGUGGACAUCAAGGCAUGUGUGUCCCAUUGAACUCGUAUGGUAGAGACUGUGAUCGUGUCCUUGCCUUAAGAAACUGUAAAAGAAGAAAUGGAGAAUUAUUGAAAAAAAAAAGAUCAUUGAUCCUAAAUCAGCAUUUUCCUUUUUCUGAAUGUGUAGAGACGUAA